AUGGCACCCUACAUCGCCUCCUGGGGAAUCAUCGGCGCUGGCUGGAUCUCGUCCAUGUUCGUGGAGGACCUUGCGCUCCCCCGUUCAGAUGUCACGGACGUACUGCACAGCGUCGCCGCCGUUGGCGCGCGCGACAAAGACCGCGCGGCAGCGUUCAUUGACAAAUACCUGCCCAAAGGCGCGACUGCACAGCAACUAGGUCUGCGGCCACCACCAGUGGCGGUGGGCGGUUAUGCAGACCUGUACGCAAGGGAGGACGUUGACAUUGUUUACAUCGGAACGCUGCACCCGACUCAUUACGAUGAUGUCAAGGCCGCACUGCUAGCCGGCAAGCACGUACUCGUCGAGAAGCCGGCGACACUCAACGCUGCCGAGUGGGAUGAGCUUGUGGCGCUCGCGACCGAGAAGAGCCUCUUCUUGAUGGAGGCUUUCUGGACAGCGUUCCAGCCAGCGGUUGCAGCCCUGCGUACCAAGCUUCACAAGGACAAGGUGAUUGGCGAUAUCCACGCCGUAAGCGCCAAUUUCUCGGUGCCAAACUACAAUGUGCUGCCCGAUGACCACCGGAUCAUCGGCCUCGCGGCAGCCGGUGGCCCGCUCCUCGACAUUGGGGCGUACUGCAUGGUACCGGCCCGCCUCGCGUUGACGGAUAACCCGGCGAAUAAGGGCGCCGCGCCUAAUGUAACCUGCGUAAUGAGCAAGACACGCAUGGGCACCGACCUCGACACGACGAUUGUCCUCGACUAUGCCAACCUUGAAGCGCGCGCUGUGUGCAACAUGAGCUUUAACGCACGCAUGCCUCGCGAGCACACGGCCACGAUCAGCGGAACUGAAGGUGAAGUCGUCAUCCACGACAUACUCUGCCGUAUCACCAAGUUUAGCGUGACAAAGUACACGCCGGGUGAGACCCCACAGAUGCCUGGAAAAUGGGGUGAGCCACAAACCUUCGAGUACGCCUUCCCGGGUACUGGGCUCUACUUUGAGGCGGACGCGGUGGCGCGCGACAUUCGCGACGGUCGGACUCAGAACGAGCUUGUGUCGCACAAGUACACGGCCGAGACGCUCGAGAUCUUCGACGAAUCCCGCAGGCAAGGAGGUUACAUCCUUCCCGAGGGUAUGGAGAAGGUUGGGCGCGUGAGCGCGUAG